AGCACACAUGUUGUUGUUGACAUACGAGAGUGCCAAUGAGGACUUAACAUGCGAGAAUAAUCAGAAUUAAGUGCAAUUAGUGUAGAAUGUGUCAGGUAUCACUUGAGAACGAUAGAGACGAUGAAGUCACGCUGCGAAGACGGGUUUUAGGAGGUUGGGAGAGCUUCAGUCGGGUUUAGUCGGCGUAAUAGUGCACCUGUUGAUUAUUUACUAUCGUUUUUUUCUUUGUGAGAGUUUGUUUGUGAAAGUGAAAAGUGAUUUUUGGGGAUUUUACGCGUGUUGGAUGGGAAAUUCGGGGGCGAAGGGGUACAGGCGGCCGCAGAGAGCGUACACCAGCCAGUGCAGUCUCAGUAAUAUUAUCAGCUGCACUGGGACAACAGAAUCGGUGUAUGAGGAAUGUAGGCCUUGGUCGAGAAUAUCCAGGAGGACAUGGAGUGAAGGGACUUUGAAUGAUCCCCUGAAUUCAGCAAAAACUGCGUGGCCUGUGCCGCGGUUCGAAGCCAUAUUCCUCCCUGAAUUCAAAGUCAGAGAGGACCCAAUUAAAAUCCAUUACGCAUUCAUCGAAAUAAUCUCCAAAGGAGCCUAUGGGAGGGUUUACAAGGUUGAGGAUAAGGAGGACAAGAAGGUUUAUGCUCUGAAGAUGAUCAGCAAGUCCAGAAUCGUCGAGGAGAAUGCAGUCUCUCAGGCUAAACAAGAGGUGGCCAUUCAGAGGGCCGUGGGUCACCACCCCUUCAUCGCACACUCGGCACACCAUUGGCAAGGUCGAAAAACCCUCUACAUACUAACUGAAUUUGUGGGAGGUGGAGAACUCUUUGAACUAGUCGACGAACAUGUCACAUUACCUGAGGAAGUUGUGAGGAUUUACGUAGCUGAAAUAGCUCUGGCAAUAGAUUUUUUACACAAUGCUGGGAUAGUCCAUCGAGACAUAAAAGCAACGAAUGUACUCCUAGAUGACGAGGGUCAUGCAGUAUUAAUUGAUUUCGGUCUAGCAAAGUGGUUGCGACCCCGACACAGGACUAGUACCUUCUGUGGAACUCCAGAGUACAUGGCCCCAGAAAUACUAAAAAGAGAGUAUUACGGACACGAGGUCGACUGGUGGUCGUUGGGGGUCCUGACCUGUUUUCUACUCACGAACAAGUAUCCGGUGACGAUGAUUAAGGAGGAUGAGGAUGGGGAUGGGGGAGAAGUUGUCGGUGGGAUUUUACCCGAGGGAAUUGAGAUAUCUAGAGCAUCUGAAGAUCUUUUGCGGAGAUUACUACAACCUGAUCCCAGGGUUAGACUCAAAUCGAUCCUGGAGCUGCAGAGGAUCGCCUUCUUCAUGGGAUUCAUCGUUCGGGAUUUCACUCUGAAAGAGGUGUCACCAUUCAGGCUUUUGGGGAGGAAAUUGGCGCCCUGUUCUGGGCGUAAAGCUCCGGACACCUUCAGGGACUUUGACUCCUUCGUUGGUGGCAGUACAAACAGGAAGUGGGAUUGAAUCUCUUGGAAGGAUAUUUAAGGAAGGAAGCGAAUACCUCAUUUUUACUCAUAGGAAUAUUUAAUGGAUUGUUGAGGUUGCUUGAUAUCACUGAUGAUUCAGUUCAGUUUUUUUCUCGAGUCCGGAAUUUCGCUUUUGUUUAGAUAAGUACACUAAUUCAUUGGUAUUUUCAUGUGAAAAUACGACAAUUGAAAUAAAAGUAUAGAUUAAUAAAUGGGAAGGCCGUGCGGUAACUCAAUAGAGAAUGUUCCAACGAACAAUAUGAGCCCAAUAACAUUGGAAAGAGUGACUUAAAAAACGUUAAUAGACUGAAUAAUUAGUAGUAUUUGGACAUCUCAACGAAUGGCUGUUGAUAUUUAUUGAAUCGAUGAAUUUCAGUUGUGUUACAUUCAACUGAACUUUAUGAAUAAAAGUCGAGUGGAA